GACCAUGGAGCUACUGCAUAUACUUUUAGGGUAUGCACUUAACAGCUAACCUAAAAGUACUUGUAAAUAAAGUUAAAAAUAAAUAUCCCAUCAAUUAUAAUUAUAUCUAUUAGCCUUAGCUAAUAAAGUGUAAUUAUUACAAAAAGGUUGUAUGCCUUAAAAGUAUAGUUUUAAAAAAUGGCCAGUGGAAAAGGAACCUAUCAACCGGAUUCCGACGUGCACAUUUCAUUUGAAGAUCAACAAAAAAUUAACAAAUUCGCUCGCCUUAAUGCCAAAGCGGAUGAUAUUAAAGACGAACUGAAAGUCAAGCAAAAUGAUAUUAAAAAUUUAGAGGAAGCUGUUGAGGAAUUGGCUCUAACUGAUGAUUCAGAAAAAAUUCCAUUCUUAGUUGGAGAAGUUUUCAUUUGCCAAGGUUUGGAAGAUACACUGAAAUCAUUGGAGGAUAUGAAAUGUAAAAAGCAAAAUGAAAUAGGUGAUUUAGAGCUGAGAUGUGAAGAGCUAAAAUCUCAAAUGAGUGAACUCAAAGCGCAUUUAUAUGGGAAAUUUGGAAGCCAUAUUAACUUAGAAAAUGAAGAAGAAUAACUCAAAAUAAUUCUGCCUAAUAUUUUUUCUACUAAAAAUGCAUAUGCAUGGUCUUCUAUUUCACCUAGAGCAGCCUAAUGAUUUUAUUAUAUGGUUGUUUUAUAAUAUUUUGGUAAUGUUAAAACAGAAUCAUUUCAUACAUAUAUAAAGUUAGUUUAUUAAUGGAAUAUAUAUGAGUUACUUUAAUUGUUGUUGAAGGAAAAACAAUACCUAUUCUGACCAUUUAGUCGCUUUUUUAUGGUAGUAAGGUAACAAGUAUUUACUUGUUAUAUUAACAUCACAAUUCAUUCUAUUUAUAAACAAGUUGAUAGAAUCGAAUUACAGUGUGUAUUCUCUUCAAGUUUUUUAAAAUUAUGUAUAAACUAAGAUUGUAAAAACCAAUCCAUUGCAGUCUACAGUAUUACCUUUUUAUUUUUAAAAGAAUACCUUGUUUACUGUUUAUAAAAAGAAAUUAGAUAUCAGAGCUUAAAUAAAACAAUAA